AACUAUAGGAGAUUAUGAUGAGACCAUAAAUUGAAUCAGUGAUUCCCAACCUCGAUUAACUCCAACGAGAAAUAAUUAAAGGCAGUAUUUAUUUGAUUAGAUAAAAGAGAGAAAAAGAAGUGGGGAAUCGCGGGCUUGACAGGGACUGCAGUGAAACAUGACGUAAGCAUUGUCCCCUGGAACACCAAGCCUCACUAGGUGGGGACAGUGAAAAAGAGAUAUCAUAAAUUUCAAUACCUAAUCUUACCUUCACCUCCUGCAUGAUCUCAUUUUUAUUCCUUACCUCUCUGAUCUCUAGCUCUUUAAGAGUCCUUUUGGUCAGUAUCUCCACAAAGCCUCUUCCUACAUCUACAAAUUUCAAAUUGGCUCUUCAGUGAAAUUGUGGGGAGGGAAGAGAAAAAAAAGAUUUCUGCAUAAUUCCAACAGCCAGCAGAAUGAGAAGUGAUGAGGAUGGCAGCCGGGGAACCUCACUACUCGAUCAAGGUGAGUGGUUGAGUUUGAGCUUAGGAAAAAACUCGCCUUCAACAUCUAAAGAAUCUGAGUCACAGACAAGACCUAGCAAGGUUUUUUCGUGUAACUUCUGCAUGAGGAAGUUCUACAGUUCACAGGCUCUGGGAGGCCACCAGAAUGCUCAUAAGAGGGAAAGAGGAGCUGUGAGACAGUAUCAGUCCCAGAGGAUGAUGACCAUGAUGGCUUUACCUAUCAACAAUCCCAUGUUCAAAUCUCUUGGCAUGGUUCCCCACUCACUUGUGAAUAAAACAGGCAGAGAAAUAAAUACAACUGUGGGAAGGUUCAGCGAGGCUAGUGCAGGAUUUCAAAUGACAUCGCGUCCCAAUCCAGUAGAUGAAGGAUUUGACUUGAAAUGGCCAGGAAGUUUUCGACUAAAUCCAUAUCAAUCAGAAGACCAGGCCUCAAAUACAAAUAAGAUUGAUCUGAAUCUUAAGCUGUAAUAAUUCCACUCAUCUAUUGCAAAUUAUUUAGUAUCCUCUCCUGUAACAGCUUCAGCUUGGUUCAUCAGCAGUACAUGAACUGAUUGUAUGAUCUGCGACCACCUGUUUAGAGGAAAAGAUCCUAGAGAAGUAGUGCUCCUAAAAUGUCACGAUUUCCAGCUUAAACCUGUCAUAUGAAUGAUACCUAAGAUGUAAUAUGUACUUUUCAGUUACGUCUAUUCCUACUGCACUUAGAACAAGUUUUUAAUGUCCUACUCUCUCGCAAAUAGUGAAAGAAGGUUAUUUUUUUUUGAUAAUGAAAAAGAAAGAGUUAUAGUGAAAGAA